AGUGUCACUGUUGGAGCCUGAUGUGAAUCAGGGGAACUGCAGCAUCAUCGUCAAUGACCUCACUGAGUCCGACUCUGGAUCAUAUCAACUGAGAGUAAAUGGUUUCCUGAAUGGGAGGGAAGUUGGAUAUACAUUCUAUACAAGAGCAAGAGUCUCUAUUAAAGGUCUGACCCAGAGGCCCACAGUGAUGAUUCCUCCUCUGACAGAGGGACAGCAGACCACACUGACCUGCACUGCUCCUGGUCUCUGCUCUGGAUCUGACCCUGAAAUCACCUGGAUGUGGGGAGGAGCAGGAGAGACGGACUCUCGCACCACAGGAAACAUCACUGCUUUCAAGACUGAGGAUCUGACUGCUGUCACUCAGAGACACAGCUCAACUUUGACCUUUAACCUUUUAGCCGAACACCAUGGCACUGAUAUCACCUGUAAGGUCAGCUUCACAAACAACAUCACAACAGAGGAGAUGGUGACUCUGAACGUGACCUUGUAUCCAAAAAUCCUAAAUAGCUCUAAGUGUGAGCUUCAGUCGGUGGUCUUGACUUGUGUGUGUAUCAGUGAGGGGUUUCCUUUACCCACAAUCAAAUGGCCGCUGUUGAAGAACCAAGCAGAGUACUCUGUUACGACCACUGUGUCAAACCACAGAGUCAACAGCACCCUCACCCUAACUGUAAAAGAACACAGCAACACUGCUGUUGAGUGUGUGAGCAGCAGUGAAGUUGGGGAAGCAAAGGCAAACCUCAUCAUCGUGACUUCAGAGAGGCGAGAAGCAGAUGAACAUGGACCGUGUGCAGUGCUUCUCUGGACUGUCGUCGCUGUUGUAUCUCUCAUUGUGAAUGUCCUCUGCAUAAUCCUCUUGAUGUUCCUUUGGAUCACAAGAAAAAAGGUGAAACCAAACCAAGAGGACAGAACGUACAUGUCACUGAAGAAAACAGACCCAUCACCAGAGUAUGAUGUGAUUGUCUAACCUCUGAGCUAACAAGUGUCAGCUUCCCCUGAGUGAAGGAGAAGACAGCAAGUCCAUACUUCCAUUCAACAUUUGUCAUCAUUUAUAUAUAUAUAUACAACAUUUUUUUGUGUUAUUUGAAUAUAAUUUUAACUUAAAUUUAGAAUUAUACAAUAAUUUUCAAUUCAUGACACCCAAUUGACCUUUCACUAAGCCCCGUCCCUUUGUGAUGGUCCAACAAGCUGUCGCAGUAAG